AUCCGCGAUCGAUGACGUGACUGUCGCGCUGCUACUCUGUAGCUGCUGUUAAUUAGUACAUGAGUUAGCCAAAAACGUAAUAAUUAAAUAUCGUACUCUAAUUUUGAAAUCAUUUUAGAAACCGUAUGGUGCUUAUAAUACAUACAUUUUAAAAAUAAUGUACACAGGGUGUAAGCGGAACGCUUCCGAAAAAGGACGAUGAUGGUGUAAAAUAAGUUUUAUUUUCGUAAAAGUAAGAAAUUUGAUGUUUCUUUUGUAUAAUAAUGUAAUCAACCGCUCCAGGCUGAUGUUGCAUGAAUUAUACGCAAACAGAAACGAUUAAAAUCGUAAAACCUACUUUUUGUCGGCGUUUUUCGGGAGCGUUCACGCCCUGUAUAGGGAAAUAUAGGUAUGAUUGGUAGAGUUGAAAGAAGGAAUUUAAUUAAGUCAAUGAAUUAUUGUAUGAAAUUAUAUUAAAACCUUUUUUUCUGUUUUGUUACUUAAAUGGCCAUUGAGUCUAUUUGAUUUGCGGUAAGGUGGCCAAAAGGUGGCAUCAAGACUCAGUUCAAUAACUUCACACUCGACAUGUAACUAAAAACUUCAGUGAAAUACUAAAGAAAGCAUGUAUUUUGUUUUAGUUUUAUUAUAACUAAGUUUAGAGCCGUAGCCAAAAAACUAUUAUUUAGAAAAAAAACAUUCAAAACCAAUCAGCAUUGAUCAAGAAAUUUGCGUAAAUUACAAUUAGAACUUAUAAAAAAAACCAUAAUUAAAUAAUUAUUUCUUCAGAGAGAUAUAUAAUACCGAGGAGGCUUAUAAUCGGAGUCAUUUAUAUUUUGUAAACCAUAAAAAUCAGAAUAUAUCAAAAUUUUAUAUUUAAUUCAAAUUGAGUUUAUAUUCUGACCUUGAGGUAGUAAACCGUAGUUUCGUGUUAUUAGCGAGUUAAAAAAACUAUUCAAAAUGAAUCGGAUAAUCAUCGCGUGCGCAGCCUUGUCGGUUGCUGCGGCGGCCGUCGUCCCUGAAGAUGCUCAAGCUCAGAUAGUGAACUACGUUAGUAACAAUGACGGUACUGGCAACUAUAACUUCAGGUUCGAGACAUCCAAUGGCAUAUCGCGUGAAGAAACUGGCGAAGUGAUUAACCCGGGACAAGCAGAUCAGUAUAUAAAAGUGUAUGGAUGGUACUCUUAUUUAGAUACUAAUGGAGAAGUCGUCAACGUCAUAUAUAAUGCUGACAAGGACGGUUAUCACAUUGAAGCUGGAGAAGAACCAAUAAGUCUUCCACCUGCCGCAGUAGCUUCAUUAUUAGGAUAAUAAAAACUGAAUAACUAUCUAAUAUGAAAAGACAAUAUUGGAGAUUUUAAUCAAAUAUUAUUAUAUCAAAAUACAUUUACAUACAAUUUGUGACAGAUGCAAACUUUUUAGGAACUGCGUGUUCAUAAUAGGAUAGUAUCUUAAAUUUUAUUUUAAUGUCUGUCUGGUACAUUAAUUUAAAACUUUAGACACGUAUUUUUU